AUGUACAAAAUCCAUCGAGAUGGUGAAAAAGGAUUGAAGGGCGAAAAAAAACGGGCGGCUAGCAAUGGAGACGACGAGGAAAAGAAUAAGGUGAUCGUACUCGACAUGGAUGAUAGUGAAGAAACCCGACGGUUAGAGCGCAAGAAACGAACGCAAGAGGAUAUGGUGGCAGAUUUUGUGAAGAUUCUCGAACAAAUGAUGAAGCCACGUCAAGCUGUCACAUCCUUCAUAUCAGCCGCCACUGGUCUAGCCGCCGUGACCACUGGAACCCUAUACGUGUACCGUUUGCCGGAAACGGCUAUCAAAGCAAAGGAAAUCUCCAUUAUCUUGAUCAUAUACGGUAAGUAG